AACUUAACGAGUCCCACAACUCGGACGCAAUCAAAAGUGGUCGGAAAGCGCUCAGAGCCCAAAUCGCGGGUUUUCCAUAUCUGUUCAAAGAGUGUAGUUCAAUAAUUGAGAUGCAAUAACAAAUACCGUGAAAAAGAAGCAACUGUUUAAGCUUUGCUGACAACGCAAUUCAUUUAUUGUUAAUUGCGCCGAGUCGCACAUUUUAAAGUGAAACAAAAAAGUCUACAACUGCAUCUAACGAAACCGCAGACAUACUCGUAUUAAGUGAUUCUCAAACUAUGGCGCAAGUCUUGCAAAACUAAACCCAUUCAAGCCAUACAAAUCAAACAAAUAUAUUUAUAUAUUUAUCAAAAUGUUCAAGUUACUCAAUUUACUGCUGUUUCUCAUUUCGAUCUCAAAUUUGGACGUGAUUAACUCAUUGCCUCGCCAGCGACGCCAACUGGAGGACAAUGAUAUACCUGUCAAUUGUGGUGGAGAAAAGGAUGUACCGCUGAUAACGCCCUGCAAGGAUUCAAUUAAACUGGAAGUUCACACCAAUUAUAUGCUGCGUUGCGAGGCCAGCGAACCUAUUGUAUGGUGGCAUAGCCACGAUGGUCUCCGGAUAAGUGAAGUGUUUGACAACAUUGAGGAUCCCGUGCGACCCUAUGGAAUUAAGCUCAAUUUGGAGUCGGUUACGGUGGACAAUGUGGGCGCCUAUUAUUGCAUCCAGUCAUCGAUGAUGCCGACAGAAGAAACGUGGUCGGAGGAGACGCUGGCGGAGUUGGUUAACAACGAUAAGGCCAGCACUAUCUACGUUUAUGUGAAUGACACGCAGAAUUUGCUAGUGCUCCUGGAGCCCAUAAUAAAUGCUCGACAGUACACCGAAGUAACUAUACCCUGCAAGCCCUCAAUGCCCGAGACAGAAGUGUUGCUGACAUUUAACAGUGAGACAUUUUCCAGCGAGACAGCCGGUCGAUACGAUCCGAAGCGCGGCUUCGUUAUCGAAAUAAGAAGCGUUACCGAUGGUGGUGAAUAUUAUUGCGAACCCAAGAUCCCGUCUCCGGAUAAUGAAGAGGAAAGCACGCUCAUUGUUGUGCGCUUUAUUGGUAACGGUCACAUUGAUACAUUAGGAUUGGACAAUAUAUCAACUAAGGUGCAAACCGAGAAGUUAACUAAUAUAACGCACGAUGAUUUAAAGGUUAUGGGUAUCGAUGAUGAAGAAUCCCUCAAUGUUACUAAUAACGUAAUUGAUACCGUUACACUAACAACUGGUGCUGGGCAUGUUGCAUUCCAUACCGAUAACGAUACCGAUAACGAUACCGAUAACGAUAACGAUACCGAUCCCAAUGAUUCCCAAGACCAAGACACUGAUUACUCAUUAUCGCCGACGCGUCGUGAAAAACGAAGUCCAACGAAAUUGGCCCCGAUGAAGCCCUCACCCUCAAGGGGACCUUCAGGGCAAGCAAACGAUCGUCUCAAUAAACCGAUUAUAAACUCAACCUCCCGUGGUCACGUCUACGAGGGUGAAAAUUUUGAAUUGGUUUGCGAGUUAUCUGCACCACACGGUGUGGACUACGAAAUGCAAUGGAUUAUACCCGACAAAGUGGAUAAGAAUCGGACGAAUCACACCACACCGCUUUUUGAUCAGAAGGUGAAGAAUAUCACCCAUCAGGUGGGUCGCAGUACGUUGACUGUAAGGAAUGCCAAGAUUACAGAUAAAGGUGUCUACAAGUGCAUUGUUAGUAAUUCAUCCCCGACAAAGGAAUACUCUUCCUACAAAAUGAACAUCCUGCAACCAAACUCAAGUUAUCUGAGAGUGUGGGAGCCCUCCAAUCAUUAUACGGUACACGAGCACGCCAACAGAACGAUUCAGAUGACAGCCAACUUUGAAGGCUUUCCACAGCCCACAUUCAAGUGGUAUAAGCCCAACGGCAUUGAGGUCUGGGAGACCGAACAGAACUUUAGGAUAAUCUCCACUGAGUCAAGCACCACUUUGAAAAUCUUGAAUGCUCAGCUAGAACACAGUGGCACCUUCAUUCUCAAGGGAACCAAUGGCAUCGAUGCCAAGCAACUGGACUUCAAUGUGAGCGUCAUUUCAGGCCCAGUUCUCAGCAUGGAUGAUGUCUAUGUGGUGGCAGGCAGCGAGGCGCAUCUUAACUGUACCGUCCAAUCAUUCCCCACAGCUGUGGUGACAUUCCUAUUCAAACCCUGUAGCCUUAAGCCUCGUUGGCCCUUCUGUAAGUCGGCCUCGCAAAACUUAAGUUCCGAAACUGUCCAGGAAGAAUAUAAGUAUAGAACAAGCACUCGCCCUGGAAAAUUAAGCGUGGAGUUUAUACACGAGGCGAUCUUUACACCUAAAGAACCCGGAAUUAUCAUCUGUGUGGCGCUGAAUUUUAUCAACGAAAUUAAAGUAACUUCCCAGGCCCAGGCACAUGUACUCAUAGGCGAUAUAUCGGAGAAUAUGAGCAUAUCGGGGCUGGAGCCGAGUCACAAUAUAGCGAAGGGUGACCAGGAGACCUUCACUUGCUCUGCGCUGGCAUAUCAUUUUAAUGGUCACUUGGAAUGGUAUCGCAAUGGUGAAUUAUUAAGCGAAACUCCAGAUAUCACCAUGGAAACGAAUAGUACGGAAUAUUCCUUCAAAAAGUCGCUUAAAUUCCGUUCAAUUUCCGAUGAGGAUCGCGGAACUUACAUGUGUCGUGCAUACAUUAAGUAUCCGGAAAAAUACGACAGUCGCGAGAUCGAUGUAUAUGUACACGAUCCAAAGGCACCGCAGUGGGAGUACACAAAUCUGAAUGCCAAAUCGAAGAUUGAGCGCAAUUUGGGUGACUCCUUGAUCCUAGAUUGCAGAUCGAAGGCAAUGCCGAAGGCAACUGUUAGAUGGUAUAAGGAUGAAGUCGAGUUGCAUGAGACAAAUCGUACGCACAUCCUGGAUGGACAGACGAGACUGCGGAUUCCCCAUCUCUAUCCCACAGAUGAUGGCAUCUUCAGGUGUGUGGUGGAGAAUCGUUUGGGCAGCAUUGAGAACUCCGUCACGGUGGUGAUAGCCAACCUACCUGGCGUAAGUAAAUUUUGGAUUUGGAUGGGAGCCAUCUUCUUUAUUGCCCUGAUUGCACUUUGCGUCUUUUUGGCCAUACGAUAUCGUGAGGAGCGCAAGCAUCAUCUGGCAUUGAAGGCCGCUGGCUUGGCCAACUUUGAGGAGGGCGCUGUGGAGCACAUCAAUCCGGCGCUAUCAUUGGAUGAGCAAGCGGAGCUGCUGCCCUACAAUCGUGAAUUCGAGUUUCCACGCGACAAACUGAAGCUGGGCAAACAGUUAGGUGCCGGUGCCUUCGGUGUGGUGCUCAAGGGCGAAGCCCAAGGCAUCCGGUCCGAUGAACCCGUAUCCACAGUCGCUGUCAAAAUGGUAAAGCGCACCGCCGACGCGGAGGUGGUGCGUGCCCUAGUCUCCGAACUGAAGAUCAUGGUGCAUUUGGGACAGCAUCUGAAUGUUGUCAAUCUGUUGGGUGCCGUAACCAAGAAUAUUGCCAAACGCGAACUAAUGGUUAUUGUGGAGUAUUGUCGUUAUGGAAAUAUUCAGAACUUCCUGUUGCGUAAUCGCAAGUGUUUUAUCAAUCAGAUUAAUCCAAUCAAUGAUCGCAUCGAUGUAACAAUAACGACCCAACGCAUCUCGGAUAACUUUGAUCUGCACCGUGAUGUUAUUAAUGGUGGUGGUGGUGGUGUUGGUGUCUUGAAGUAUGCUAACGUCGGUUACCCAAACCAUCCAUAUAUCAAUCACAUGAACUCCGUAAACAACAACUAUACGCAAAAUCAUCGCAGAAACUCCGAUAAUGAUCCACGCUCGGGCACACGAGCCGGCCGCACCACAUCCGGCAGUUGCAGCUAUGAUCGUCAGAUGGACACUUGCGCCACGGAGGCCACCGUGAUGACCACUGUGCCGGAGGAUGAUAACCAUAUCAUGUCGAACAACUCGAUACAGCCAGCUUGGCGCUCCAAUUACAAGACAGACUCCACGGAGGCGAUGUCGGUGACCACCACAGAGUUGGUCAGCUGGGCCUUCCAGGUGGCACGCGGCAUGGACUAUCUAUCCUCUAAGAAGGUGCUCCACGGUGAUCUCGCUGCCAGGAAUAUUCUUCUCUGCGAGGGUAAUGUCGUCAAAAUCUGUGACUUUGGUCUAGCACGCUCCAUGUACAGAGGCGACAACUAUAAGAAAUCCGAGAGUGGUAAGCUGCCCAUUAAGUGGUUGGCGCUGGAAUCGCUUAGCGAUCAUGUGUUUAGCACCUAUAGCGAUGUGUGGUCCUUCGGCAUUGUGCUUUGGGAGUUGUUCUCGCUAUCUAAGGUACCUUAUCCUGGCAUUGAUCCUAAUCAGGAACUAUUCAACAAACUAAAUGAUGGUUAUCGCAUGGAGAAGCCGCCUUAUGCCAACCAGGAGCUCUAUGAGAUAAUGCUGGAGUGUUGGCGAAAGAGUCCUGAGAGCAGACCUCUGUUCAAUGUGCUGGAAAAACGCUUUGCCCACAUGUUGGGCGAGGAUACGGCAAACCACUAUUUGGAUUUGAAUGAUCCUUAUAUGCGCUCGAACACGGAGUACAUGAAGAAUCGACCCACGGACUAUUUGUCAUUGAUGGGAUCACCAGAUGAGUUUGCACCUGCUGCACCGCGUUAUGUCAAUGGGCACAUAGUGCCUGAUAUAAAUACACAUAACAUUGGCCAACACUCGCCAACAUUGGCCAACAACAUGGACAGCAGUGCCAAGCCGAUGCGCCGAAAGAACGGCAUCACCACGGUCGAUGCAGCCGAUCAGGCGCCCGAGGAGAUACCAAUGUUACACCGAGCAUCCACAUCGGAUGGUGAGCAGAGUCCCGAGCAAGCGCGCAGAUUCCCACAGGCCUUAAAGCAGCAGUAUGUGACGCCAACGCCAUCACCACGUCACCAUAUCGAGACGAACCUCAAUGGGGAUUCCGAUAACUAUGUGAAUGUGAAGCCGCCACGUAAAAGUCUUGUCAACAAAUCUGCAGCCGGCGCAAGCAGCACAGAUGCAUUCUCGAAUCCCAGCUACCAGCCGCUGAAAGUUGUUAACGAGAAGGAGGAGCGAAGGUAUUAAUAAUGGAAUACGAGCAGCAGCUGCGAAUUAGUCUUAAGACUAGAUGAACAAUGCUACCUAGUGGUAUUGUAGACAUAUUGAUAUAGCUUUAAGUACAUAUAAGUUGCCGACGCAUUAUGUUUAUGUACAAUAAAAUAAACAGAACUAAGUAUAAUUGUAAUUUA